AUGAAACUAGGAGUUUUCGUUACGACACUCUUCGCUGCCCUGGUUGCUUGUGCUGCUACAACUAUCGAUCAUGACAAGAUCGAACCAUUUCCUCAGCCCAAGCCGGUCACGAUGUCUGAAAAGGCUGCCAUCAAGUUCAAGCCGCAAUUGUUCACUUCAAUAAAAACCGUUUGCGCGCCUUUUCCUGCCGUAAAUGCUGCCGGUGACGUCACUGGCGGGCUUAAGGGAACGAAUGGAAACGAUGCGUGCAGAUUCGCUCGCAAGGGAUCACAGGUCUACGGUCGAGCUGGGUGGCACAAGGACAUGUGGGCCAUCAUGUACGCUUGGUACUUCCCAAAAGGCUUUUGGAUGGAUUUCCCUACGAGACGUCAUGACUGGAAGAACGUUGUUGUGUGGAUCGACAAUCCUGACUUGGAAUCUCCGAAGAUUGUAGCGGUCUCCAUGUCCAAAUCUGGAAGGUCGUAUCACACGGAAGAUCAAUCGGGAGGUCUAAUCUCCCGUUCAUUUUUUAAUGGAUUUGACAGAACAUCGCUCCGGUUUCACUACCAGACUGAUUUGGGAUCCCCGUAUUUGAACUUCGCCUGGUGGGGAGGUGAGUAUCAGGAUUUGAUCAUGUGGGAACAACUAACGGAUCCGGCUCGCGUGGCUUUAAACGACAUCUAUAAUUUUGGUGAUGCCGAGGUCCCGUUCAGUGAUAAUAACUUCGAAGACUACCUCGACAAGGCGUGGCCAUUCUAG